AUUAUGCUAAAAAACUCGGAGAAUUGUUUGCUGAGAAAUUAAAGAAAGAAGGCAAAGAAAAAAUUGUUUUUGACCGCAACGGCCGUCCUUAUCAUGGAAAGGAAUUAACUUUUAAUGGAGAAGACCGAAAAAAAUUACCAAGCCCCGAAAGUAGAAGAAAUCAAAUCUGGGGAGGUAAAGUUAGUGAACGAAGAAGAAAAAACGAAACGCUAGCCAACAAAAGGGUGGUGAAAGUAACCAAGGGCGGUCGGAGAUUUAGUUUUACUAAUUUAGUCUUGAUAAAGGAUGAAGAAAAAAAAGCGGUUGCUUUUGCCCACGCGGGCGGAAAGGAAGUCAUGAUUGCCUUUCGUAAGUCUUUGCAAAAAGCACAAAAGAAAUUAAUCACCUAUUUUCCUACUCCAACUCGUACUAUUCCCCGUGAUAUAGUGGUAAAGUAUAAAGCUACUAAGCUUUUCUUAAAGCCUACUCCGCCGGGCAGCGGCAUCAAGGCCAGUCAAACUCUUAGUAGAUUAUUCAAGUUCCUAGAAAUUAAAGAUAAAAAAAAAAUAGUUGGUCGUGGCAUUGGUUCGGGCAGAGGAAAAACAAGUGGGCGCGGUCAAAAAGGACAAGGGUCUCGUAAGAGUGGCCACGUUCGUCCCGGUUUUGAGGGUGGGCAAACUCCGGUUUAUCGGGCUUUUCCCAAACGAGGCGGAGGCUUUAAAAAAAAACUCCCUCAUCGGGUAGUUAAUUUGGAAAGAUUAGAAAAGGAUGAAAAGAUAGCCAAUGGACAGGUUCUAGACUUUACCCGAGAAAAAUCGCCUGUAAAAAUACUAGGCCAAGGAAAUUUUACUAAAAAUUUGACUAUUAAAGCAGCAACCUUUUCUCAAUCGGCUCAGAAAAAAAUCACCCAAGCAGGUGUUAAUUUAAAAUGGGAAGCGCCCGUGGAGACUAAUACCCUUUAUAGUCAGGAUAACAAAGUGUUAAAAAAAAAAAAGUCAAAGUUGGGAUUUCGCUUGAACAUUAGUUUUAUGCCUUUUAUUCAAUUGUCUCAAUUUGUUGGCUGGAUAUACAAUAUCGUUCUAAUGCGUAACGCCGGAGUGAAUUGGCGUAGUCUUGACAGUAUAAGAAAAGGAUGGGGGGGAACAGUUGAAAAGAGAGCGACAAGUACGAAUGAUUUAAAAGCUAGCUUGAAUAAAGAGAGUAUCGACGGAGGAGCUUUUUGA